AUGCGGUCGGAGAAGUCCCUCGCGCUGGCGGCGCCGGCGGAGGCCAGGGGCCCGGACGGGGAGCCGCAGGACGCCGCAGACUUCCCGGAGGCCGGCGGCGCCGGGGGCUGCUGCAGCAGCGAGCGGCUGGUCAUCAACAUCUCCGGGCUACGCUUCGAGACGCAGCUGCGCACCUUGUCGCUGUUCCCUGACACGCUCCUGGGGGACCCGGGACGCCGCGUCCGCUUCUUCGACCCGCUUCGCAAUGAGUACUUCUUUGACCGUCACCGGCCCAGCUUCGACGCCAUCCUCUACUACUACCAGUCGGGGGGCCGCCUGCGCAGGCCGGUCAACGUGCCCCUGGACAUCUUCCAGGAGGAGAUCCGCUUCUACCAGCUGGGGGACGAAGCCCUGGCUGCAUUCCGGGAGGACGAAGGCUGCCUGCCGGAAGCGGGCGAGGAUGAGAAGCCGCUGCCCUCCCAGCCCUUCCAGCGCCAGGUGUGGCUGCUCUUCGAGUACCCGGAGAGCUCGGGCCCUGCCAGGGGCAUCGCCAUCGUCUCCGUGCUGGUCAUCCUCAUCUCCAUCGUCAUCUUCUGCUUGGAGACGCUGCCCCAGUUCCGGGCGGAGGGUCGCGGGGGAAGCAGUGAUGGUGUGAGUCGAGUGGCCCCAGCCUCCAGAGGCAGUCAGGAGGAAGAGGAGGAUGAGGAUGAUCCCUUUACCUUCCAUCGCGGCCUCGCCCCUGGGGGCCUGGGGACAGGGGCCUCACCCGCACUCAGUACUUUUGGGGGCUCCUUCUUUACAGACCCCUUCUUCCUGGUGGAGACGUUAUGCAUUGUGUGGUUCACAUUUGAGCUCCUGGUUCGCUUCUCUGCCUGCCCCAGCAAGCCCGCCUUCUUCCGAAACAUCAUGAACAUCAUUGACUUGGUGGCCAUCUUCCCCUACUUCAUCACCCUGGGCACGGAGCUGGUGCAGCAACAAGAGCAGCAGUCAAUGAGUGGAGGGGGUGGCCAGAACGGGCAGCAGGCCAUGUCCCUGGCCAUCCUCAGGGUGAUCCGCCUGGUCCGGGUAUUCCGCAUCUUCAAGCUGUCCCGCCACUCCAAGGGGCUACAGAUCCUGGGCAAGACCUUGCAGGCCUCCAUGAGGGAGCUGGGGCUGCUCAUCUUCUUCCUGUUCAUUGGGGUCAUCCUCUUCUCCAGCGCCGUCUACUUUGCUGAGGCUGAUGAUAGUGAUUCGCUCUUUCCCAGCAUCCCGGACGCUUUCUGGUGGGCGGUGGUGACCAUGACCACUGUGGGGUACGGGGACAUGUACCCCAUGACCGUGGGGGGCAAGAUUGUGGGCUCCCUGUGUGCCAUCGCUGGGGUCCUCACCAUUGCCCUACCUGUUCCCGUCAUCGUCUCCAACUUCAACUACUUCUACCACCGGGAAACGGAGCAGGAGGAGCAGGGACAGUACACCCAUGUCACUUGUGGGCAGCCCACACCUGACCUGAAGGCGACUGACAAUGGACUUGGGAAACCAGACUUCUCGGAGGCGGCCCGGGAGCGGAGACCCAGCUACCUGCCCACUCCACAUCGGGCAUAUGCAGAAAAGAGGAUGCUCACUGAGGUUUGACCUGCAUCCUGCAGGAGACCCACGUCCUGCAGGAGAAGGGGCAUGUUGAGCAGACCAUCUCUGAGGCUUCACUGUCAUCUC